AGCUUAAACUUUAAAAUGGACAUUAAUGCAAUAGGUACAAUUUAUGUUAUACAAGUAUUAAGAUUAUAUUGAGGAAGUAUGAAUAUAUUAUUACUUCCAAAUUAUAACUAGAAAAUAUUUAUCUUCUAUAUCUUAUCUACGAUUGGCACAGGGAGAGAAAGAGAAAGAGAAAGAGAAAGAGAGAGAGAGAGAGAGAGAGAGAGAGAGAGAGAGAGAGAAGUUACUUUUUUAUAAUUUUUAGUAUAGUUUCAAUAGAGAGUGCGAUCAUCUACGUUCAUGUUACCUCAUGAUUUGUUUUGUGCAGCCUGAAAAGUAUGGCGACGUGGGAAAGUGAAAAUGUUAAUGACGAUGAAAAUGCCGACGGUAUUAAUGAUAAUUUCAACGACAUUAUUGUGGCAGCUGAUUUACAGGAUUAUUUGGAUGAUAGUUUAGAUUUACCUAGUUUCAGAAAAGUUUACGAACAAACGGAUGUAUUUGAACAUGAAAAACACUCCGAUGAUGAAUAUGUUAACAAUGAAAGGCUAUCUAACAACAACAGUACGAGCCACAUCCACCAUGCAAUUCGUCCGCAAGAAAUUCAUAUGCAUAUUCAUUCCAAGGAAAAUUAUUCUUCGUCUAAUGGUUUUUUACAUAAAACAAUUACUACUGAUAAUAUAGAUUUGGACACAAAUCAAAAGAAUAUUAAUCGUUAUACUUGUGAAUACGAAGGAUGUCCUCGAACAUAUAGUACUAUUGGAAAUUUACGCACUCAUAUAAAGACCCAUAAAGGCGAGUUUCGAUUUAAAUGUGCAGAACCAGGUUGUGGGAAGGCUUUUCUCACAUCAUACAGCCUAAAAAUCCACUCUAGGGUACAUACAAAAGUAAAACCAUUUGAAUGCACUCACAAAGGUUGUGGAAAAGCAUUCAAUACCCUUUACAGAUUGAGAGCUCACCAAAGACUUCACAGUGGUAAUACAUUCAACUGUAAAGAAAUUGGCUGUGUUAAAUUCUUCACUACUCUAAGCGAUCUCAAGAAACACGUUCGUACUCACACUCAAGAAAGACCUUACAAGUGUAGAGAAAAAGGUUGUGGAAAGGCUUUUACAGCUUCACAUCAUUUAAAAACACACAAGAGAACACACACAGGAGAACGACCUUACACAUGUACCUAUAAGAACUGCAAACGAUCGUUCACUACUCCUCAUAGUUUAAAGAGUCAUGUUAAAACUCAUAAUAAGACUGUUAAUAAUGAAGAUGUGAGUCAUCAAGAUCCAAUAGAUGAUAAUAUUGAAAACCAAAGAAAUACAUCCCAAAUUGUAACAGAUGUGGGAAAUGAAACAGAUUGUGCCAAUGAUGCAACAGUAUCAUCUUUUGAUAUAUCAUUACCUUCAGAUGAGGCACAAGAGCAUAAAAAUAUAACAUACAUUUCAACUCAAGAUAAUAAUGAACAUAUCUCUGAAACUUCAAUAUUAAAUAUUCUAAAUGAUAAUUCAAUUAACAAAGAAUUAGAUUAUAAUAUUGACAAUGAAAUCAUAAAUUGUCCAAACGAAACUAUCACAGUUAAUCUUCUUUCAACUGAUAAUAUUCUUAAUAGCUUUGAUCGCCAGACAAUUUGUAAUUUUGAUAAUAAUGAAAACUAUAAAAAGUUUCAUCACGUCAAUGAUUCCAACAUGGAAUCUAAUAAUAUAACUGAGAUGAUAAAGGUUCAAAAUGACGUAUACGAAGCUGAUGUAUUGCCUUGUUCUUUGAACAAAUUACAUAGUGAUAUAAGUGCUCACAAAUCAUCUAAUCCAUUAAAUUUAGAACAGAAAAUUAUACAAGAUGGCUUGCAAAGCACAAUUGCUGAGAUUUCAGAAGGUACAAAUUUUAAUAACAAAUCUUUGGUUUGUGAAAGUGAUUUUACAAAUAAUUUGAUGAAUGAAACAUUGAAAACUAAAAAUGAUACUGCAGCUACAUUAUACAGUGAUACUAGUCAAGAAAGAAAUAUAUUGAAUUCAUCAGAUACUGUGCAGCUUUUUAAUGAAGAAUUAGAUAAUCUUUCAUUUAUCCAUGAUACAAAAUUACAAACGGAGUCUCUUGAAGUAAUGACUCAAUCCUUGGCAUCUAGCACAUUAAUAAAUGGACCAUCAGAGGCUGUGGAAUUAGCCAUAGCAUCCGAAGAAGAAAUACCUUCAGCUUGGGUAGAUGUUACAGCAUUAGCUACCGCACCUGUGACUGAAUCUUGGUCAGAAUUGAACGCCUUUCCUAUAGCGGUACAUUCGUUAGUAGAUUUAGUAGGACCUGACCCUUAUCCAUUAGAAAUAGAAAAUCAAUUUCAAAAUGUGCAAAAUUUAGAAACAGUUAAUGCAGUAAGUAUAGACACUGCUAUUCCAAACUCUAUUAUAACCAAAUCUAAAGAAAAUGAAAACGAAGUAUAUAAGAUCGAUUACUUGAGAUAUAAAAAACACAGAAACGUCUUGCAAGAAAUUGCUGCAGAUGCAGAUAUUUGUAAAUGCAUUGAUUGUAAAUGUAAUCAUUUGCAGAAUUGUCAAGAUUGCACGAAUACCUCUUUAUCGGGAACUAUUAAAAAGGAUAUAUCAAUGAAAACUGUAAAUAAUGAAUGUUUACAAAUUGAAUGUGCUUGCAAUUCUAUUUCUGGAAAUGGUGAAUCUUGUUGCGUAGUAGUUUGCUUGCAAACUUUGCAGCAGUUGCAGAAAAUAUUUAAUGCUAAUUGUUGUAGAAGCACUAAUACUGAUACUUGUUGUAAAGACAAAUCGUUAUUAUCAUUAAAAUGCCAAUUGACAAAAAAUCAAUGAAGUACAAAGUUGUGUGAAAUAACUAGUCAUCAAAAAAGAAAGUAUAGUAUAAAGUUAUGUAAAAAAAAUUUACAAUUGUUAGUAGUUCAUAUGCUACAUUGCUUAGCUUUAAAUUUAACUUAAGCAAUUUAAAUGCCUUUAUAGGUUUUUACUUAGAAUAAAUUAAAAAAAAGUAUGACUGCAUACGUGUGCGUGUGUGCGUGUGUGUGUGCGCGCGUGUGUAAAUUUAACAAAAGAUUUUAUAACAGAUGCAAUAUAUAUACUGUGAGAUUCUUGUGCCAAAAUGUUGAUAAAUUUUGUACAACAUUUUUACAUAUGUGUCGUAUUAUAUUAAUUAUCGCGCAAUUUCAAAUAAUAGAAAUGCAUUUUUUGAUAUUAUAUGUUGAAUAUGGCUAUAAAGCAGUACAAAUUAUUAAUAUCAUAUAAAUACAUAUUUUUGAAAAAAACAAACAAUAAUUUUUUUUGUUAAAAUUUUUGCACAAUCAACUCCAAUUUUUACUAUUCUUAAUAUGCAGAUAUUAUAAACAUAAAAUUGAAAUUGUUACAUAAAUUGUGCAUUAUACCAAAUAUUGUAGAUUAAUAGUAAAUACUAAAAAAGAUUAUUUAUUAUUUAAUUAUUAAUAAAUGUUUAUGUAUUACUACAUAAUUUUAUUGUACAGAGUGCCAAAUACUUAUAUACCAUGCCUAAGAAAAAUGUUGGAUAUUUCCUAAGUAAUAUAUUCUUUAUACUGUGGAGCAGUAUGAUUACAAUACUUUUGUAAGUAAUCAUACAUAUUCUGAUAUUUUAGUAACGAUAAAUUAAUAUAAUUCUCAUUAUUUCGUAUUAUUUUAACAAUUAUAGUGUGAGAUUUUCUAUGGGUGUUCAUUUAUUUGAGAAAUGUAUCAGAUUUAGAUCACAAGAUAACUUUUAUGUACCUAAAUAGCUCAUAAUUGCAAUAUUUCCAUGCUGUCAGAAAAGAAAAUUUAAUAAAAUAAUAUAAUAAAUUAUAAUACAAAAUA